AUGGCCACCAACGGCAGCUUCGCUCAGCAGGACCAGCACAAGGCCCCUGCCGACCAGUUCUCCUCCCCCAGCGAUAACAGCAACCUGGCUAAAGAUGAGGUCGGCUGGUACUUUGUCGAGCAGUACUACACAACCCUGAGCAAGUCUCCUGAGAAGCUUCACCAAACGAUCUCAGUUGGUCUGCGGCCAGGAAGCCGAGGUCUCCAACGUCUCUGUCGGUCGUCAGGUAUGCAGCUCUUCCUCUCGCCGUUGCAAUACAGCUCGCGCGAGAACAACUCGACUAAUCCGGCAUUGCGCCUACAGGCUAUCCAAGAACGUCUCAAGUCCCUUGAUUUCCAGGACUGCAAGGUCCGCGUCUCCAACGUCGACUCCCAGUCUUCCGACGAAAGCAUUGUCAUCCAGGUCAUCGGCGAAACCUCCAACAAGGGAGCUGAGCCCAGAAAGUUUGUCCAAACCUUUGUUCUUGCCCAGCAGCCCUCUGGAUACUUCGUUCUCAACGACAUUCUGCGAUAUAUCGAGGAGGAGGAGGAAACCCCGGCCGAGGAGGCUCAGGAAGAGCCUAUCGCUGUCGCCGCGGCCGAAGCUCCCGAGACCGCUCCCGAACCUGCCGUCGAGGAGCCUCCCGUUGAGAAGAAGCUCAUCUCUGAGGUUGCUGAAAAGGCUCCCAUCAACGGCGAGCACGUCGAGACCGCGACCGAGGCCGAGACCGAGCCUGAGACCAAGGUUGAGGCUCCUGCUACCCCUGCCGUUGAGCCUAUUGUCGAGGAGGUGGCUCAGGAAGUCGUCAAGGAGGAGGAGAAGCCCAAGGAGCCUGCCCCGACCCCUGCCAAGGUCGAGACCCCUGCUCCCGAACCUGCCGGCCCCCCCAAGCCCAUGACUUGGGCUAGCCGUGCUGCUGCCGCCGCGGGACCCCGUCCGGUUGUCCCGCUGCCCAAGACCGCUACUCCUCCGGCCACGAACCAGAGCCGUGCCCCCGCUCCCGCCGCCGCCCCUGUCCCUGCACCAGCUCCGGCACCGGCUCCGGUCGCUAAUGCUACUGCUCCGGCCGUUGCCCCUCCCGCUGCCGCUGAGACUGGUCCCAAGGAAGUCUCCGGCUGGCAGACGGCUGGUGCUGACUCCAAGCGUCAGAACCGACCCCAACCCGUCUCUGCUGCCGCCGGCACUGAAAAGGAGGGCACCAUGGGCUACGUGAAGUACGUGACUGAUAAGGUUCAGGAUGCUGACCUUCGCGCUGCCCUUGCCGCCCAUGGUGAGCUAAGCUACUUUGAUAUCAACCGCCAGAAGAACUGUGCUUUUGUCGAGUAUAAGACACUCGAGGGCUACCAGACUGCCGUCUCCAGCAACCCUCACACUGUUAAUGGCGAGAACAUCGUCGUUGAGCCUCGUCGCCCCAAGGUUACCGGCCACAACGGCGGCGCUAGCUUCGGUGCCGGUCGCGGCAACGGCGCUCCUCGUGGCCGUGGUGGCUUCGACGGCCGCAACGGCGGUCAGGGUAAUACCCGUGGCAACUUUGGUGGCCAGAACCGUGGCCGUGGCGGCGCUGCUCGCGGUCGUGGCGGUGCACAAGCCGCCCACGUCUAA